AUGGAUGCCAAGUCAGGAUAUAUUGGGAAAGGGCCCUCCAAUUCCCCAACUUUUGGAAAAUCUCUAUCUUUAAAGGUUGACGGAGGUUUUAAUGCCGUAUCCAUCAAUCCAUCUGGGCGUGAUGUCGUGCUGGCUAGUCGAAAUGGACUCUAUAUUAUCGAUUUGGACGAUCCAUUUUCACCUCCUCGUUGGCUGCAACAUAUUACUCCUUGGCAAGUUGCCGAUGUGCAGUGGUCACCCCAUCCAGCAAAACCAUAUUGGGUCGUUUCAACUUCUAACCAAAAAGCAUUGAUCUGGAAUCUGGCCAGAACAUCUUCAGAUGCAAUUGAUCAUGUGUUACACGGUCACUCUAGAGCAAUCACAGAUAUUAACUUUAAUCCAGAAAAUCCAGAUAUUUUAGCUACAUGUUCCGUUGACACCUAUGUUCAUGCUUGGGAUAUGAGAAGUCCACAUCGGCCAUUCUAUACAACAAGUGCUUGGAGAUCAGGAGCAUCACAGGUGAAAUGGAAUUAUAAAGAUUCGAAUAUCUUGGCAUCUGCACAUUCAAAUGAUAUUUAUAUUUGGGAUCUGAGAAUGGGAAGCACGCCGUUGCAUAAAUUAGUGGGACACGAUAGUAGUGUGAAUAGUAUAGACUUCAAUCGUUUUAAAUCCUCAGAGAUUAUGUCAAGUUCAAAUGAUGGUACUGUAAAGUUCUGGGAUAUCUCAAAAGGCAGUGAUAAUUGUACUUCAACAGUCAGUACGGACUUCCCAAUCUGGCGUGGUCGAUAUUUACCGUUUGGAAAUGGAUUUUGCAUAAUGCCACAAGAAGGUGGAGGUAAUGCUGUGUACCUAUCGACUUUGAAAGAACAAGAGAACCUAAAUGAAUCCAAUAAGCUUACGAAAUUACAACCAAUUUAUUCCUUUAAAGGUCAUUCAGAAAGAGUGAUUGACUUUCUUUGGAGGUCAAGACAACCAUCUGACUUGAUGGUUAAUGACUGCGAAUUUCAAUUAGUCACAUGGUCUAAGGAUUGUGAUCUACGAUUAUGGCCCAUAACCGAUAAUAUAUAUGAUAGUGUGGACUAUGAUAGAACCAAGAGACUUGAUGAAAAAUUACCAAAUUAUGAAUACCAGACUUACAAUAAGGAACCCCCAAUUAGCACAGAUCAGCAAAGGAACCGAUAUAAAAGAAUCAAAGAAACUUUUGUUACCAAAUCUGGAUUGAAAACAAGUAAUGUAAACCAUUUGACUUGGCUUUCUGGUGUGCGAAUGAAUGAACCUGAUUCACCUGAGGAUUUUUUUAAAGCUCGUAAGCUCCAGAAUCUGGGCGAAGAAGUCAGUGCUAUUGGGCAUAAAUUUCCCAAAGUUGUGUUUGAAAAGAUUUCAGUCUCAACUAGAGAAUUAGUUAUAACUUUAAAUGGACCAUGGUCAGAAACAAAUCCAGACACGUACAUAUUUUUACGAAUAAUAAUUAAUUUUCCAAUGAGAUAUCCUUUAAAAGGCAAUCCACCGAACUUUAUUAUCGAGGAAACGAAAGAGUUGACAGUUAAAAAAAGACAAGAUAUAAGAACACGCUUGAAAGACAUUGCCAAGCCGUAUACUGAUGCAGGUUUAUAUUGUUUAGAGCCUUGUCUCCGGUAUCUGUUAGGAGAAGAUGUGAGUAUAGAAGAUCUUGAAGGAGAAGAAGAACCUUUAUUAAACUUUGAAAUUGCAGACCAUAUAGAUUUUGACAACCUUUCUUCUCUGGGUAGUUCCGAGGUAGAUUCAGAAUUAUUGGAUAAUUCAUCUUCUGAAUCGGAAUUAGAUGCAUAUAAAGAUACUUUUGAUGAGUAUGGCGAUAAGACUAAAAACUUUGGGAGGAAUUUGGCUUUGGACACAACCCCUGUUCCAAAUGAAUGUGGAUCAGUUUGGACUGCAUCCGGACAACUCCUUUGCUUUUUUCCUGCACAAAGCAAACAAGAACAAAAAGAACAAAAUAUAUUGAAGUUGGUUGAAAAAGAUUCUCAAUCCAACGCAAGGCGACCCAAAUCCUACAAGUGCAAGGUACUCGAUGAAUUAUCAGGAAGUUCGAAUACAGUAAGACCAAAGAGAUAUGUAGAUACAUUGGCUUUGAAUGAAAAUUAUGUGGCAUCGUCCGAAGACGAUUCUGAAUAUGAUUCAUCGUCUAUUGGAAGUUAUGAUAGUUUCGCUGACGAUUGGGACGAUAUCAUGCGUAAUAACAUUGUGGGUAGAAAUAAAAUACCAGCUUUACAUGGUAAUUUUGUUAGGCCUUUUGGGUCUGCUCCAACAGCAUCGAUUAAAACAGGUGAUUCGUCAAGGAAAGGAAAAAAUGUGAUUGUUACCAAGGAUUUCAGUUAUUUAAUUCCUGAUAAAUUGGAGCUAGCCUUAGGAUAUCAAUUUAUAUAUGCUAAUCCAGAGGAGACUGCAAAGCAUAAUUCUCUUGUAGCAGAAGAAUAUGGAUAUGAAGACAUUAGUCAUUGUUGGCAAAUUCUAUCAGAUUUGCUGAUGAAUCAAAGCGAUGAUAAUCCCUUUAACCAAAUAUGGGAAAGCCAUCCUAUGGGACUUCAAUGGUUUAUUAAGGAAGCUUUUAGGUAUUUUGAGAAACAAAACAAUUUACAGAUGCUUGCCAUGCUCUCCUGUAUCUUAUCAAGCUUGCAGGUUGAGAACGAACAUGAGUUUGAAAUUUUGGAUAGUGGACAUUACGAAACGGUGGUAAAUUUUAGAGCUGCCGAUAUGAGUGGUUUAAGUGGCUCUGAUAUUCACUCGUAUUCUUCUACUGGUCGCACUCCGACUCCAAUGCCAUUAGAUUCUAUACUUCCUCAUUCAAGAUUCGAAUCAUCGAACGAUAAUUCAUCCAUGAAUACAGAUUAUUCGCGAACAUCUGAUCAAACUACUGGUAACUAUUCUCUUUCUAAGGGAAGGUCUCCCAAGUCUUUUAGCAGGAGAGCCACCCCACAACUUACUGAUGAACCUGCCAACAAAUUACCUACUAUAAAAGUGGAACUUAUACAAGACGAAUUAUUAGAGACUAUUAAGAAACAUCAGAUAUUUCAAAUUAGCAAUAAAGAUAAAAGGAAAGCAAGCGCCUAUAUACAUCAAUAUGCAAAACUAUUAUUCCAAUGGGGAUUGUCGUUGGAACGUGCUAAAAUAUUGAAGGUGGGAGCCAAUUUUGUUUCAAGCUUCGAUGGUGGUAUACGUCAUGGAAAAUCCAAUUCAGAUAGUAGUUCUACUUCUGGUGGUGUACAAAUUAAAUGGGUAGCCAAUAAUUCCGAUGCUAUUUUUGCAGCUCAUACAUGUACGUAUUGUAAUUUGAAAGUCACUAGAAAUGUCUUUGUUUGUGGUAGUUGUCAACAUGUCUUACAUACAAAAUGUGCGAAACUAUGGUGGAAAAUAGGAGAUGAAUGCCCCACGGGAUGUGGUUGUCAUUGUCCAGACCGAUUUAUGUGUAAUAUGAAUAAGUAG